AUGGUGUCAGCCGAAGCGCAGCAUCCAAGCGUUUAUAUCAAAAAUGCGUUCAAAACCGUUUACUACCGGUUCUGCAUAUUUUUCGUCUUCAGCGCUCUAGCUGUGGGUAUCGUAUGUGCACACGACGACCCCAAGCUCACUGAAAUCUAUUUUGGUGAAGGUGGUGCUGGGAACGCUGCUUCAUCACCUUACGUCAUUGCAAUGCAGAAUCUGAGUAUUACUGGUUUGCCUCAUGUGGUGAACUUCUUGGUCUUUACCUCGAUCUUUUCUGCCGGCAAUACUUAUUGCUAUGCAGCUACUCGAGCUCUCUAUUCACUUGCGCUUGCCGGUCGUGCCCCUCACUUUCUCACUUACGUCAAUUCUCGGGGAAUUCCUAUUUGGUGCUUUUGUGUCACGAUGCUCUUCUCAUUGCUCAGCUAUUUACAAUGCGCGAAUGGAUCCGCCGAGGUUCUGAAUUGGCUGGUCAGUAUUGUCACCGGCGGUGCCCUCAUCAAUUUCCUCGUUAUUUCUAUUACCUUCAUCAACUACCAUAAGGCAUGCGAGGCUCAAGGCGUUGAUCGCAAGACGCGACCUUACUAUGGAUACUUCCAACCUUACGGAGCGUACACCGCCCUGUUUAUACAAACCCUCAUCUGCCUGACAUACGGUUAUAAUGCGUUCAGGCCCUGGAGUACCGAGGUAUUCUUUCAGAACUACUCCAUGCAGUUGGUAGCGGUUAUUUUCUUUAUUGGGUGGAAGUUCGGGAAGAAGACACGAUAUAUCAGACCCAAAGAGGUAGACCUUAUUUGGGAGCGUCCUGAGAUUGACGCAUAUGAGGCCUCCUCCACUGACCCACUUACUGGGUUUUGGGAGGAGAUGGGCCAUCUUGUUGGCAUUCGACAGAAGAAGAAGACUUCUCAAGCAUAG